GUCAUUGUCCCCAUCAGUCUCCUUUUCCCUUUGAGGGCUGCUGGCUUCUCCCGGUGCUCCACGCCUUUGCACCUUCUGUGGGUCAGACGGGCAGGAUGGAGGGCUGCCUGGGGGAGGAAUCUUUUCAGAUGUGGGAGCUCAACCGGCGCCUGGAGGCCUACCUGGCCCGGGUCAAGGCGCUAGAGGAGCAGAAUGAGCUGCUCAGCGCGGAGCUCGGGGGUCUCCGGGCACAGGCCGGGGAAGCCUCCUGGAGGGCCCGUGCCGACGACGAGCUGGCGGCCCUGCGGGCCUUCGUCGACCAGCGCUGGCGGGAGAAGCACGCGGCCGAGGUGGCGCGCGACAACCUGGCGGAAGAGGUGGAGGGCGUGGCGGGCCGGUGCCAGCAGCUACGGCUGGCCCGGGAGCGGACCGCGGAAGAGGUGACCCGCAGCCGGCGCGCCGUCGAGGCCGAGAAAUGCGCCCAGGCCUGGCUGAGCACCCAGGUGGCGGAGCUGGAGCGCGAGCUGGAGGCUCUGCGCGUGGCGCACGAGGAGGAGCGCGCCAGCCUGAACGCUCAGGCUGCCUGCGCCCCCUGCGGCCCCGCGCCGCCCCGCGGGCCCCCCGUGCCGGCCCCCGAGGUAGAGGAGCUGGCCCAGCGGCUGGGCGAGGCGUGGCGCGGGGCAGUGCGCGGCUACCAGGAGCGCGUGGCGCACAUGGAGACGUCUCUGGGCCAGGCCCGCGAGCGGCUGGGCCUCGCGGUGCAGGGCGCCCGCGAGGGUCGCCUGGAGCUGCAGCAACUCCAGGCGGAGCGCAGCGGCCUCCAGGAGCGCAGGGCCGCGCUGGAGCAGAGGUUGGAGGGCCGCUGGCAGGAGCGGCUGCGGGCCACUGAGCAGUUCCAGCUGGCCAUGGAGGCCCUGGAGCAGGAGAAACAGGGCCUACAGAGCCAGAUCGCCCAGGUCCUGGAAGGUCGGCAGCAGCUGGCACACCUCAAGAUGUCCCUCAGCCUGGAGGUGGCCACAUACAGGACCCUCCUGGAGGCUGAGAACUCCCGGCUGCAGGCACCUGGCAGUGGUUCCAAGGCUCCCCUCAGCUUCCUGGACCCUAAGCUGGAGCUGCAUUUCCCUGGGACCCCAGAGGGCCGGCGUCCGGCACCUUUGCUCUCUGUCCUGAGCCCUACUCCCCUCUCCUCACCUUUGCCUGAUACCCUUGAGACACCUGUGCCAGCCUUUCUGAAGAGCCAGGAGUUCCUUCAGACCCGUACCCCCACCUCGGCCAGCACCCCCAUCCCACCCACAUCUCAGGCUCCCUGCCCUGCCACAGAUGCCGAGAUCAGAGCCCAGGAUGCCCCUCUCUCCCUGCCCCAGCCACGGGUUGAGAAGCAGCAGGUGCCAGAAGCUGUGUGGGCUGAAGCCAAGGUGGCCAUCCCUGCCAGUGUCCUGCCGGGACCAGAGGAGCCUGGAGGCAAGCAACAAGAGGCCAGUCCAGGCCAGUCCCCUGAAGAUCUUGCCUCCCUGGCUCCAGCCCCCAGCCCUGACCACCCCAGUUUAGAGGCCAAAGAUGGAGAACCCAGUGGGUCUAGAGAGUCCAGCAGAUGCCAGGAGGAAGGUGAAGGACAAAUCUGGGGGCUGGCAGAGAAAGAAACAGCUGUAGAGGUCAAAGUAGUGAGCAGCUUGCAGCAGGAAACAUGGCAGGAAGAGGGAGAUCUGGACGUGAAAGAAAUCCAGGACUCCCAGGGUCCUUUGGAAAAAGAAACUCUGAAGUCUCUGGAAGAGGAGAUUCAAGAGCCACUGAUUUCUCUGGAAAAACAGAGCCAUGAGACAAUGAGAUCUCUAGAGAAGGAGAAUCAGGAAUCUCUGAGGUCUUUGGAAGAAGAGAACUUAGAAAUACUAAAAACUCUAGAAAAGGAGAAUCAAGAGUUAUUGAAGUCUUUAGACGGAAAGGAGAUGGAGGUAGUGAGACCUCUAGAAAAAGAGACUCUAGAACUACUUAAGCCUAUAGGAAAAGAGGACCCGCAGACAUUGCAAUCUCUAGAAAAGGAGAAUCAAGAAAUAAUGAGGUCUCUUCAAGGAAAUGUAGAGACAUUUUUAUCUCCAGGAAAGGAAAAUCAAGAGUUAGUGAGGUCUCUAGAAGAAGAGAACUUUGAGUCAUUGAGAGCUCUAGAAAAGGAGAGUCAAGAGCCACUGAGAUGUCAAGAAGUAGAGAACCAGAAAACAUUACACCCCCUAGCAAAAGAGAAUCAAGAGCCACUGAGAUCUCUAGAAGAAGAAGACCAGGAGACUGCAGGACCUCUAGACAAAGAGAAUCAUGAAUCUCUGAGGGCUCUAGAAGAUGAGAAUCAAGAGACCUUGAAACAUCUAGAAAAAGAAAGCCAGGAGUCACUGAGGUCUCUAGAAAAAGAAAGCCAGGAGUCACUGAGAUCUCUAGAAAAAGAAAGCCAGGAGUCACUGAGGUCUCUAGAAAAAGAAAGCCAGGAGUCACUGAGGUCUCUAGAAGAAGGCCAGGAGGCAAUGAGACCACUAGAAGAAGAAGAGCAGGAGAUAUUGAGACCUCUAGAUAAUGAGACUCAGCUACUGAAGUCUCCAGAAAAAGAAAAACAGGACUCACUGAGAGCUCUAGAAGAAGACCAGGAGGCAAGGAGACCUCUAGAAGAAGAAGACCAGGAGCCAGUGAGGUCUCUAGAAAAAGAAAAACAGGAGUCACUGAGAGCUCUAGAAGAAGACCAGGAGGCAAUGGGACCUCUAGAAGAAGAAGACCAGGAGCCAGUGAGGUCUCUAGAAAAAGAAAAACAGGAGUCACUGAGAGCUCUAGAAGAGGACCAGGAGGCAAUGGGACCUCUAGAAGAAGAAGACCAGGAGCCAGUGAGGUCUCUAGAAAAAGAAAAACAGGAGUCACUGAGAGCUCUAGAAGAAAACCAGGAGACACUGAGACCACUGAAGUCUCUAGAAAAAGAAGAACAGAUGACAUUGAGCCCUCUAGAAAAGGUGAAACCAGAGCCACAAAAGUCUCCUGGAAAAGACCAGGAGAUAGUUAGACCUCUUGAAAAAGAGAAUCAAGAGUUAUUAAGGUCCCUAAAUGAAGAGGGUGUAGAGGCAAUGAGAUCUUUAGAAACAGAGACUCUAGAACCACUAAAGCCUACAGGAGAAGAAAAUCUGGAAAUAUUGAAAUCUCUAGAAAAAGAAAGUCAGGAACCGCUGGGGUCUGUGGAAGGGAACGAAGAGACAUUGAAACCCUUAGAAAAGGAGAAUCAAGAAUCACUGAGCUCUCUGGGAGAGCAGAAGGUGGAGAAUAUGAGAUCUCCAGAGGAGGUAGACAAGGGGAGUCAAAGGUACCUAGAAGAGGAAGAGAACGUGGAGAAGGGAGAGACUCAAGAGGCACUGAGGUCCCUGGAGGAGGAGGGACAGGAGCUGCCACUCUCUGCGCGUCUGCAGAAGUGGGAAGAUUCGGUGCAGAGGGGCCAAGAACUGGAUCAGGACAUGCCCCCUGGGAGGGCUGCAGUGGACAGUGAGGUCGAGGCAGAGCUGGAACCGAGGGAACAGGAUAGCUUCGCUGGAAAGGGGGGUGCUGUAGAGCAGGGGGAGCUGCAGCUGACGGCCACCAGCAAGGCCUGGAGCCCAGGUGAGGGGCAGCCGGCGAGCCCUGAGCCCAAAGAGCAGAGGGUCUCAGCUGAGGGAGCUAAAGGGGUGGGAGGCACUGAGAGCCUCCAGGAGCCUGAAAAGUGGCCAGAGCAGGUGGGGGCCCUGGGCCCCCCGGAUCCCCAGGAAGUGUCAGAGGUGAUAGAGCCAGUAUUGGAAGAUGAGGAUGUUGUCCCCAGGGAUGGCCGAGCCUCCCAAGAGGUCACCUUGGGGUUAGAGACUGCCUUGGGUGAGUCUGUGGGAGCGGAACAGAGACUGGAGCAGGAGGUGGUAGGGCUGGAGGACCCAGGCGGCCUGGCCAGAGAGGAGGUGAUGGAGCCACCCCUGGGGGAGGAAGGUUUGGAGACAAAGAGGGUGCAGGGCUUAGAAGGGCCUAGAAAGGAGCUGGAGGAGGCAGGGGCUCUGGAGCCAGAGCUCUCCACACUGCCCGGGGAGAGCAGAGACCCGCUGGAGACUCCCAGGGGCUGGGAGGAGUCUGAGCCUGGGGCCCCCGUGGAAGCAGAGGAGACUUUCCCUCCCGAGACCUUGCGCCACAAUGGAAGCGGUACCCCUCCACCCAGGCCCCUGAGGUCAGAGGGAGCAGAGGAGGAUGCCAAACCAGCGCUGGGGCCCCCCAGCCCCCAGCCCACUGAGUCCUGCUCACCCACCCCGAUCCCUGAAGAUGCCCCUGGGCCCCAGCCCCUGGCUGAGGGGAGCCAAGAGGCGAGCUGGGGGCUGGAGGGCAGGGCGGAGGUCCUGGGAAAGGUGGGGGGUGGGCAGGAGGAUUUGGGCUCUGGGGCAAUCCCUGAAGGCCUCCAGGAGGAGGGGGAGGAGAGCAGAGAAGAGAGCGAGGCUGAUGAGCUGGGGGAGACCCUUCCCGACUCCACUCCCCUGGGCCUCUACCUCAGGUCCCCUGCUUCCCCCAAGUGGGACCUGGCUGGAGAGCAGAGGCCCUCCCCUCAAGGGGAGACUGGAAAGGAAGGCUGGGGUCCUGCAGUCCUGGCCUCUGAGGGCCUGGGGGCCCGUCCCUCAGAGGAGGAGAGGGGAGAGGAGGAGGAGGAACGUGGCCGUGACUCUGAGCUGUCCGAAGAAUUUGAGGACUUGGGGACUGAGGCUUCUCUCCUUCCUGGGGUGCCUGGGGAGGUGGCAGACCCUCUGGGCCAGGUGCCCCCACUGCUCCUGGAGCCCGCAGCCUGGGAUCGGGAUGGGGAGUCGGAUGGAUUUGCAGAUGAGGAAGAGAGCGGGGAGGAGGGAGAGGAAGAAGAUGAAGAAGCGGGGAGGGAGCCAGGGGCAGGGCGGUGGGGGCCAGGGCCCUCUGUGGGCAGCCUCCCGGCCCCGGGUGACCCUCAGAGAAGGAACCUCCUGGGCUCUGAGCCCUGGGAUGAUGGCUUCAGGGGCGCGACCUCUGAGGCCCCCAUGCCUGCCCUGGAGGCUGAGUCCCGGGACAGUACGGAGGCCUCAGGCUCAGAGGGAGGCUCUGAUGCUGCUUCCUUGGAGAGGGAGGACCAAGUCCCUGGCCCUCUGGGGACCCUCCGUGGGGGGGAGGACACGGGCUUGGAGGCAGGGGACGCCCUUGGUGUCAAUGGCCAGGGCCCCAGCCUGAAGGAAGAGUUGGAGCAUGUGAACGGGGGCGUGGUGAACGGGCUAGAGCAGUCUGAGGGAGUAGGGCAGGGGGAACCGGGCGCCCCUGAGGGGGACCGAGGGAGCCCCUUGGAGGAGGAGGGUGGGGGUGCCCUGAAGAUCCCUUGGGCAGGGGCUCCACUCCACCUGGGCCAAGGCCAGUUCCUGAAGUUCUCUCAGAAAGAAGGAGAUGGGGACUCCUGGUCCUCAGGGGAGGACUAGAGGAAGAGCUCCCCCUCCUGCACUGAGGACUUGGGCGGGGGGUGGACCCAGCCCCCUGCCUGUUCGGGGGCAGCACCCUUCACUUAUGAUCUCUUGCCCUGUGGUUUCCGUCCGAGAGGCCUGGCUGGCCAAGGUAAAUUGGGUGUGGCAAAGGGACUCGUUCCAAGAGUGGAGACCCCGGGAAUAGAUAGCAGCCCCUCAGACUCCGCAAAGGAGGACAUCCUGCCUGCACUGCCCCGUGAGGCUGAAGCCAGCUGAACCUCUAUAGGACUAGGCCCCCUUUCCCUCGCACCCCAUUUCCUUCUCAUCCCGUUAGCUGGAAAGGUCCGGGGCCCGGUGGCUCCUCCAAGGGGAGGGGGCUGUGGUGGUCCCUGUGCCGGGGCUCCCCAGCUCUGCCCUGCCUCACCACAUCCUCACGGGAUGUCUGGCGGGUGGCUGAUGAGGGUGAGGGGGUGCUCCUAUGUCCUGACCCCCCACAUGCCUGCCAUGUUGUGGCCCCAUCCAGCUCGUCCCUGCCUGAAUAAAGUAAUGCCUC